GGGGAAGGGAGAACAAGAGGAACAGGAGCGAGCUCCUGCCUGCUUUCACCUAUGCACCUUUCAGCAAAUCAGGACUGCUGAGCACAUUCAGGAGCAAGAGGGAUUUCGGAACAAGAAUAACUGAGAAGAGGCAUUUAUAUGACCAACUAUGUACCUGUUUCAUAAAAUGGAAAACUAUGAAGUUUACCAGGAAAAACAAUGGAACUACCUAAAUAUUUGGCUAAUUUUAUGCCUGUUUCCCAAAAUCUGUGUAUCAAAUCCUUCAAAGCCUAACUUUUUAUUGAUACUAGCUGAUGAUCUUGGUAUUGGAGAUGUGGGUUGCUAUGGCAAUGAUACAGUAAGGACCCCUAAUAUUGAUGGCCUGGCAAAGGAUGGAGUGAGACUUACUCAGCACAUUGCUGCAGCAGCUGUCUGCACUCCAAGCAGAGCCGCUUUCCUGACUGGCAGAUACCCUAUCAGAUCAGGCAUGGCAUCCAGCACUCAACGACAGGUUCUUUUCUGGAAUGGUGGUUCAGGAGGGCUCCCACCAAAUGAAACUACUUUUGCCAGAAUACUCUACCAGCAAGGCUACUCUACAGCACUUAUAGGGAAGUGGCAUAUGGGUGUGAACUGCAAAACCCGCCAUGACCACUGCCACCAUCCUUUAAAUCAUGGUUUUGAUUAUUUUUAUGGCAUGCCUUUUACCCUUGUGAACGAGUGUCAAGGCACAGAUGACCCUGAAUUGGCCAAGUCUUUGCAAGAAACAUAUUGGUUUCAUACUCAGAUGAUCAUCCUUGCAGUAUUUACUCUUGUGAUUGGAAAACUUGCCAAUUUAUUCCCAGUAAAAUGGAAAAUAAUAAUCUGUCUGGCCUUCUGUGGUCUCCUUCAUUUCAUCUCCUGGUUCUCCAGCUAUGGUUUUACCAAGUACUGGAACUGUAUCCUGAUGAGAAACCAUUAUAUCACUGAACAACCGAUGAACCUACAAAAAACUACUUCUAAUAUGCUGAAGGAGGCAAUUACAUUCAUUGAAAGAAACAAGCAUAGACCAUUUCUUCUCUUUGUUUCCCUUUUACAUGUUCACACCCCUCUCAUCACCACAGAGAAAUUUCAGGGAAGAAGCAGGCAUGGCCUGUAUGGAGAUAAUGUGGAAGAGAUGGACUGGAUGGUGGGGAGGCUUCUGGAUGUUAUUGACAAAGAGGACUUGAAGAAUACCACAUUCAUUUAUUUUGCAUCUGAUCAUGGAGGAUUCUUAGAGGCUCACAGAGGAAAUUCUCAGUUGGGUGGAUGGAAUGGGAUAUAUAAAGGUGGAAAAGGAAUGGGAGGAUGGGAAGGAGGAAUCCGUGUUCCAGGCAUAGUUAGAUGGCCAGGAGUGUUGCCUGCAGGGACAGUUAUCGAUGAACCUACAAGCCUUAUGGACAUUUAUCCUACAGUAGUUCAACUGGCUGGAGGGACAGUGCCUCAGGACAGGGUCAUAGAUGGGCACAGCUUGCUGCCCCUGCUGCUGGGGACAGAGCAGCACUCCAGGCACGAGUUCCUGUUCCACUACUGCGGUGUGUUUCUGCAUGCAGUGCGCUGGCACCAGAAGGACAGUGAGUACAAACAUCCCCCUCCUGCAGGUGGCACUGUAUGGAAAGCUCAUUAUGCUACUCCGGUAUUUCAGCCAGAAGCUUCUGGGGCCUGCUUCAGAAGAGGAAUUUGUCCAUGUUUCGGGGAUGGUGUAACCCAUCAUGACCCUCCACUGCUGUUCAAUCUCUCACAAGAUCCAUCUGAGGCGAAUCCUCUGUCAGCAGACACUGAGCCCUUGUUUGACACUGUAACAAGGAGAAUAAGGAGAGCUGUGGAAGAGCAUCGCAAGACGCUGACUCCAGUCCCACAGCAGCUGUCUCCUUACAAUAACAGAUGGAAGCCGUGGCUGCAGCCAUGCUGUGGGACAUUCCCCUUCUGUUGGUGCCAUGAAGAAAAUAACAAAGCAUAGUCUAAUACCAAAGUCAAAGUACAGUUAGCUUUAAAGAAAUUCAUAAUUUUUCAUGUUCACAGGACUACAGUCAUAAAGAGAUUAGAGAUAAAGAUUAAAAUAUAAUAGAAUAACUAAAAGGGACAUUAUUAGUCCCUUAAUUAGUGAUCAAUUAAAUUAAUUAAAUUUAAAAUCCCUGUUAGCGAUUGUUUAUGUUCAACCUUUUCUCACACCCACAGAAAUUAAGUAAGCCUGUGGUUUAAAAAAAAUAUUAGGGGUCAUCUGUAUAAUCUGUCCCUGAAGUGAAUAAUUUAGGAUUAAAUACCAAAUAAAUGAAACAAAAUUUAUUUUCUUACUAACUUACAAUUCAAGCAAAUGAUGACUGAUAAAAAAGCAAAUUUUUACUAGCAGAUGUUUGUAUAGAAAAUAUGCUUGUUGAGGGAACAGGACUGAGCCCAAGAGGGUAUGCCUAUCCAGGCCUUAUCUAUUAAAUGAAAAAACCUGUUGCACAAAAAUGAAAGGAUGAUGACAUUGAAAAAAAUAAUGAAAAAUAAAAUUGCACAUUUAAUUUGGAAAUAAACCAAUAUGCAUCAGAAAU